CACAUGUGUCCCUUCGUUCAUACAUGGAGAAAUACUGGCCACUAUAUAAGGCCUACACACCCGCCCGAUCAAACAUAUCGGUCUCAGCGUUGAGGGGUUGAACACUAAAUAUGCUUCUAAAAUUAUUAUUGUUGGUGUGCCUAGCAGCCUUGAGCAAUGCUGGGCUUAUUUCACCAGUGUACAACGCUCCUUACGCCUACGGUGGCUGGAACCCAUACAGCUCGUACCCCGCUCAACCAGCGAUAGCUUCACAGCAUUCUAACAUUUUGAGGUCACCUUUUAAUCUUGGCCAGGUAUCAACAUACUCGAAAGCAAUUGACACUCCAUUCUCGAGCGUCCGUAAAUCUGAUGUGCGUGUGAGCAACCCUGGUGUAGCCAUUGCGCCUGCGUACACUCGCUUCGCAUCACCACUGGUAUCGCAUGUCGGUGUCGCCGCCCCUGUGGCUAAAGUUGCUACAACGGCUGGUCUUCUUGGAGUGGCCUACUCUGCGGCGCCCACCGUGUCUCACAUGACUUACACUAAUGGACUUGGCCUCGCCUACGGCUGGUAAAGAAACACAAGUUAAUAUUGCUAAAUGUUACUUAUAUUUAAAGUUGUAAAAUAAAAGCAUAGAAUGAUUCCUCUUAGCUUGUUACCAGUUAGUUGUUAACAUAAUUUAUUUAAAAUAUACUUAUUACUAAAAAUA